GACGUGUCUUUCCAGGUAUGAGCUAACUGUCUGGAAGUCACCAAGUUUCAGAGAAAACGUUAGACGAAGAAUAGCUAGAAAGUCUACUGAUUUCCAUAAAAUUAUGUUGUAAAAUACUCAUAACUUGUUUGACGAUAUGCGGAAAGCUGGAGUUCAACUCGGAGCUUGUACUUUGGAGCCCCAAUCAGAUAUCGGAAAGGUAUAAAUUAACAGGUCGUACAGUAUCAGACAUUCUCACGUCUGGCUGACUCCGUCACUAUGUGGAUACUCGUCGCCUCUCUGAUAUUAGGCCUUCAGACUGUGUCUGGCCAGAGCACUAUAAGAUGGUGCGCAAUAUCCGCUCAAGAGAUGACCAAAUGUAACGCCAUGGCGCAGGCCUUCAGCAGUGCGGCCAUCCGUCCGAUUAUCCAAUGCGUCAGCGACGUGUCUGUGGAAGGAUGCGCGCAGAAGAUCGGGAAAAACCAAGUAGAUGCCUUUUCAAUGAGCGCUAAGGAUAUCUACAAAUUGGGGGAAGAAACUAACUUCCAAAUAGCUGCAGGAGAGACUUCUGCUGAUGGAGAGGGCACCACCUACUAUGCGGUUGCCGUGGUGAAGAAGGUGAAGCCGGACAUCAACAUCAACACACUGAAGGGCAGGAAGACAUGUCACACAGGGAAGGGACGUACUGCCGGCUGGAACAUGCCCCUGGGAUACCUCAUCGACCAGAGCAAGAUGUCUGUCAUGGGCUGUAACAUCCCACAAGGCGUGGCAGAUUUCUUUAAUGCCAGCUGUAUCCCUGGGUCACGGGGAGACCCUCCCUCCCUUUGCCAGCUGUGUGAAGGCAACAGCGAGGGACAGUUCGUAUGUGACAACACUGUCAAGGAGAGAUACUACGCUUACAAUGGGGCCUUCAGGUGUUUGGCUGAAGAUGCAGGAGAGGUGGCAUUUAUAAAGCACACCACAGUUAUGGAGAACACAGACGGAAACGGUGACCCUGCCUGGACCACUGGGCUGAGGUCUUCAGACUACGAGCUGUUGUGUAGAGACGGAACCAGGGCCCCUGUGAGAGAACACCGCCGGUGCCACUUGGUCAGGGUGCCAGCCAGGGGCAUCGUGGUUAAAUCUGACAUCAGCGGCAAUGUGGUCUAUAACAUGUUGACAGAAGGACUGACAAAGUCAGGUUUCCCCAUCUUUCAGUCGGGCGAGUUAGGCAGCAAUUUGCUGUUCAGUGAUUCGUCCACAAAGUUCCUGCGGCCGGAGUAUGAUGAUCCUAAGGCGUGGAUGGGCUCCAUCUACUACAACACUCUCAAAGCCAUGGACUGCAUCCCAGCAGAGCUGCCCCAGUCCCUGCGUUGGUGUGUGUUGUCCAGCGAUGAGCAGCAGAAGUGUACAGACAUGGCCGAGGCCUUCAGUGCCAAGUCUCUGGUCCCCAAUAUCCAGUGUGUGAUGGGAUCUUCAGUGGACGACUGCAUGAAGAAGAUCCAGAAUAAAGAGGCAGAUGCCAUCACCCUGGAUGGAGGUUACAUCUACACAGCAGGGAAAAGCUACGGCCUGGUGCCUGCUGCUGGGGAGAGCUACACAGGGGACAGUGAUGGCAGUGUCUACUAUGCUGUGGCAGUGGUGAAGAAGUCCAACAGUGACAUCACCACGCUGGAGAACCUGAGGGGGAAGAGCUCCUGUCACACUGGCUACGGCCGUACUGCUGGCUGGAACAUCCCCAUGGCUCUGCUCAUAGAGAAAGGUCUCAUCAGACCAGCUCAUUGUCAGAUACCACAAGCCGCUGGAGGUUUCUUUAAGAACAGCUGUGUCCCUGGUGCCAAUCAGCCUGGUUUCCCUGGCAACCUGUGUGACCUGUGUGUGGGGGACAACAAAGGGCAGAACAAGUGUGAGAAAGGCAAGGACCUGUAUGACGGAUACGAUGGAGCGUUCAGGUGUUUGGCCAAGGGAACUGGAGAGGUGGCCUUCAUCAAGCACACCACUGUCUUCCAAAACACUGAUGGUAAUUCAGGUGAGUCGUGGGCCAUUGACCUGCAGUCUAAGGACUUCCAGCUGCUGUGUCCCCACGGCUCCAGGGCAGAGGUCACCCAGUACGCCCACUGUAACCUGGCCCGCGUCCCCUCCCACGCCGUUAUGGUACGGCCCGACACCAACAUCUACGCCCUCUAUGGCCUGCUGGACAAAGCACAGGAGUAUUAUAGUAGUGACACGGGUUCAGAGUUCAAGAUGUUUGACUCGUCUAAGUACCAGGGCUCUGACCUCAUCUUCAAAGACUCCACUGUCAGCAUGAUCGGAGUGGCCGAGAGGAAGACCUAUGACAAGUGGCUGGGACAGGGCUACAUGGACUCACUUACCAACAUGGAGUGCAACUCCUCUGCUAAAGCACUGUCUUCCCUGCUCCUGGUGGCUCUGAUGAGCUCCAUCUUCUUCUGGGUGUAAGAAGCCAUGUCCUAACCCAACCCAGCCCCUGUCCAAGUUCCAGCCCCAAUCCAGCCCCUGUCCAAGUUCCAGCCCCAACCCAGCCCCCUGUCCAAGUUCUAGCCCCAAACCAGCCCCUAUCCAAGUUCCAGCCCCCCUGUCCAAGUUCCAGCCCCAACUCAGCCCCCUGUCCAAGUUCCAGCCCCAAACCAGCCCCUGUCCAUGUUCCAGCCCCAAACCAGCCCCUGUCCAUGUUCUAGCCCCAAACCAGCCCCUGUCCAUGUUCCAGCCCCAAACCAGCCCCUGUCCAAGUUCCAGCCCCAACUCAGCCCCCCUGUCCAAGUUCCAGCCCCAACCCAGCCCCCUGUCCAAGUUCCAGCCCCAACUCAGCCCCCUGUCCAAGUUCCAGCCCCAACUCAGCCCCUGUCCAUGUUCCAGCCCCAACCCAAUCCCCCUGUCCAAGCUCCAGCCCCAACUCAGCCCCCUGUCCAAGUUCCAGCCCCAACCCAUCCCCCUGUCCAAGUUCUGGCCCCAAACCAGCCCCUGUCCAUGUUCCAGCCCCAACCCAGUCCCCCUUCCAAGUUCCAGCCCCAACCCAGUCCCCUUCCAAGUUCCAGCCCCAACUCAGCCCCCUGUCCAAGUUCCAACCCUAACCCCUAUCCCAGCCUGAACCCCUGUCCAAAUCCCUAGUCACAUUCCCAGCCUGAACCCGUCUUAAACCCUCGCCAAAUUCCCAGAAGCAACACAAAACCUCUGUUUUUGUCCAGCCCCAUUCCUUCACCAACCCCAGUAGCCUACUCCCUCUGUAGGGAAUCUCUCCUCUUCUGCCAAAGCACCAGCAAUAACACUACACAUUACCACCCAGCACAUUACUACCCAGUACAUUACCACCCAGCACAUUACUACCCAGUACAUUACUGCCCAGCACAUUACCACCCAGUACAUUACCGCCCAGCACAUUACCACCCAGCACAUUACUACCCAGCACAUUACCACCCAGCACAUUACUACCCAGCACAUUACCACCCAGCACAUUACCACCCAGCACAUUACUACCCAGCACAUUACCACCCAGUACAUUACUACCCAGCACAUUACCACCCAGUACAUUACCGCCCAGCACAUUACCACCCAGUACAUUACUACCCAGCACAUUACCACCCCGUACAUUACCGCCCAGUACAUUUACCACCCAGCACAUUACUACCCAGUACAUUACCACCCAGUACAUUACCGCCCCGUACAUUACCGCCCAGUACAUUACCACCCAGCACAUUACCACCCAGUACAUUACUACCCAGCACAUUACCACCCAGUACAUUACCACCCAGCACAUUACUACCCAGCACAUUACCACCCAGUACAUUACUACCCAGCACAUUACCACCCAGUACAUUACCGCCCAGCACAUUACCACCCAGUACAUUACUACCCAGCACAUUACCACCCCGUACAUUACCGCCCAGUACAUUUACCACCCAGCACAUUACUACCCAGUACAUUACCACCCAGUACAUUACCACCCAAUACAUUACCACCCAGUGACAUUACCACCCAGCACAUUACCACCCAGUACAUUUACCACCCAGCACAUUACUACCCAGUACAUUACCACCCAGUACAUUUACCACCCAGCACAUUACUACCCAGUACAUUACCACCCAGUACAUUACCACCCAGCGAACCACAGCAGCAUUUCCUGUCAUGUUGGAAUCUUUAGAAGAUCAUGUCUGCAUCCCUUCCUGUAUCUGAUUCAUAGCUUAUGAUUGUACUUUAGAUUCAUAGCUUGUAAUUGUACUUUAUUCUACUGUAUAUGUUGAUGCUAGGAUUUGUGAGAAAGGAUAACAUGUUGAAAAUACUAUUUGACUUGGGUCUAAAUUAUGGUCACUGUUGUUGAGUCAAGGUGCUUCUUGAGUCAGUGAGUCAAGGUGCUUCUUGAGUCAGUGAGUCAAGGUGCUUCUUGAGUCAGUGAGUCAAGGUGCUUCUUGAGUCAGUGAGUCAAGGUGCUUCUUGAGUCAGUGAGUCAAGGUGCUUCUUGAGCUUGUCUGUCAAUGGGGAAAAUAUCCUGUUUUCUUUGGUUGAGCUACAGAGAAUGAAGUCCUUCGCAACCAGAGAUGACGAAGGAUUGCUAUUAUGCUUACUGACGGUAACUGCCAUAUCAGUGUAUAUGUUUUUACCCGUUACAUACUUUACUAUGCAGUGUUCGUCUCUCCGCAAGGUGUGUAUUGCUUACACCGACUAUUGUGAGUACUACUUAUGGGCACAAGCCAUAUCUGGGAAUAUGGCGCGUUUUGCACAUUCUGCCUUUACUGUAUAAGCUAAUGCCAUAUCAGUGAAUAUGCACUGCUUCAACUACAGGAUGUGUGUUGUGAAAUGUUUUGAAAAGAGUCAAAUAGGGGGUGUUUUAUUCAUAUGUUCUCCCCAAAUCCUGGAUUGACAAACAUUUAAGCCAAGACAACUUGCUCACUAUCUGUAUUUAGGGUCUCGAUUCAAUCCGUAUCGCGUUACAGCGUGAAUAGAGGCCUAGAAGUUUCCAUUUGCUUGGCUGGUAAUCAAAUUCUACCAUAAGAAUGAUGUGAAUUAUAGCCUACUGAUAAAUAUUAUGGAUUGGAACCUGCUUGCACCUGAUAUGCACUUGUUUUGGAGAGAACAUUGAACAAGCCAUCCUUGUUUUUUUGCUUUUGAAACUUAGGUGUACUUUGAUUUUAAAGUAAUGUGGAAUUUUGUCAGGUUUAAAUUCUUAUAUUACAUUUCAAUGUUGUACACAUGAGUUAAAAUCCAUCAUCUAUAACAAUAGUGACUAUAAGGAAUGGAACUCAACCCAACCCUGAUUCCUGCAUUGUGACGGAGCAGUGUUCGAUUUAUUUUUGCUGCUCUCAUGCAAUUUUGUGUUCCUGUCCAGUAUAUCAGCUUGAUUUGUAUGUGUAUUUCAAUGAGAGAUAAGUUUAUAUGAUGCUCAGCUACCAUAUCAGUGUAUAUGUACAGAGUACUAACUCAUUUCUGUCAGAAACAAACGCUUGCCUUCAAAGUUAUAGCAAUUUCUUCGAUGAAAUGAUAAACAUGUAACUAAUAUUUAGUUGCCAGGCCAGUGCGUCUGCAUAAGUAUUGCUACAAAACUGCUUCUUUAAGAAUUCUCUGCUGUUCUUAUUAAAAAUCUGCAUAUGGAA